ACAUGGAACCACUAUUUUGGUGUGAAAGUUAAGUGAUUUUGUCUGUCUAUAUCAAGUUCCUAUGACCUUAUCAUUCAAAACAGAGGCAAGACAUGGAUAUUCAGUGAAAUUUUCACCUUAUUUUCCUCAGAGAUUAGCAUGUGUGACAUGUCAAUAUUACGGUAUUGCAGGUUGUGGUACUCUGUUCAUUCUUGAUCAGACCCCAGAGGGACUAGCCGUAGUGAGGACCUACGACUGGAAUGACGGGCUCUUUGAUUUGACCUGGGCAGAGAACAAUGAAAAUGUUGUGGUCACUGCAGCUGGUGAUGGUUCAGUAUUGGUAUGGGAUACAGCGCAAUUGAAGGGACCCAUACGAGCAUUUAAGGAACACACUAAGGAGGUUAAUUCUGUGGACUGGAGUCUGACUCGAAAUGAGAAUCUGGUUCUGUCUGGAUCCUGGGAUCAUACAAUAAAACUGUGGGAUCUUCAAAAUAGCCAAUCACUGAACACAUUUUCAGGGCAUGAAUACAUUGUGUACAAUGUUGCUUGGUCACCACAUAUCCCAGGGUGCUUUGUUUCAGCUUCAGGUGAUUGCACUUUGCGACUAUGGGAUGCCAGGGGAGGACAGUUUCCGACGACUGUGAUACCUGCUCAUGAUGGCGAGAUUCUCACUUGUGACUGGUGUAAAUAUGAUCAGAAUCUGCUGUUCAGUGGCAGUGUGGAUGGCUUAAUCCGAGGGUGGGAUUUAAGAGACACCACAAAACCAGUAUGUGAACUGAAAGGACAUCAGUAUGCUGUGCGAAGGAUCAGGACGUCGCCUUUUGUGAAAACAAUGCUGGCAUCAUGUUCUUAUGAUUUCACUGUCAGAAUCUGGGACUUCAGCCGACCAGAGGCUCUGGAGGUUGUUAGCCACCACACAGAGUUUGUGUACGGCCUCGACUUCAAUAUUCAUGUUCCUGGACAGUUGGCUGACUGUGGCUGGGAUGAAUUUCUCAGGGUAUACUAUCCAGCAUGCAGCACUCCUGUUAUUUGUUGACACAUAAUUUUAAAACAUGUACAUGAUAUAUUUUUACAAAAUGUCAGAAGUUUAGUCUUUUUUUAAACCAUUAAAUCAGGUCACAACUUUUCAUGUAAACCGUAGUUCUGUUCGCGUGUCUUAUGCGACUUUAAAUUCAUGCAAACCAUCUAUUGGUUAAGUGGUAAAUUCUAAAAUUAAAAAUGGCAAACUCGAGGAUUGCCAGAACCUUAUUCAUAUAUUACAAAAGUCCAUGUAUUCAAAGAAUGUAGACUAAUUAUUAGACUCUUGAUGCACAAGUCAAUUUUAAACAUGAUAUGUUAUUGCACAGUUAGUGUACAUGUAGGUCAAAACCACAGUACAAGUGUGUUAAGAUUAAUCAUUUAUGUAAAUAUAAUUCAUGUAACCAAGGCAAUUGGUUACUGUACCUAGGUAAAAAAAAAUCAGGUGAACAGACUUCCGGUUACCCAAUAGUGUGAAAUAUUGUCCUCUGUUAAUUUAGGGGAUAAGUUAGAUAUAUUUGACCAUUUGCAGAUGUUAAUGCUGGUUUUACUAUAACAAAUUGAGGUUUACCAGCGACGCAAAGCUGAGAUGGUAAAACAGAUAUUUCCAACUGUAAAAUUAGCAUUAGCAUCCACACAUGGUCAAGUACAAUAUAGUUAUCCCCAUUCUAAUUCAAUAAAUCUAUUAAAAACGGGCGUUUUUUCAUUUAAAUAAUCGUUUUUUUUAGAAAGAACGCAGGGUUAACAAUAACCUGGUCACUAUUAUCAUGUUUCAAGACAUCCACCCUAUAAAAUAAUUAUAGCACAAGGAGAUUAAAUUAUAUGUUUUUACAUGUAAUACAUCUGUUGUUUAUGAUUUUGUUUUAGUAUUUUAUUGUUUUAAUAAUGACAAUGCCCACCAUUAAUACCAAUUUCACAUAUCCCAAAUACUCAUCGCAACAACUGGACAACGUAGAUUCAUAGUUGCUGUUAUUUACGUUAGAAUUUCUGUCAGCGUCACAUACAUGUGUGUAUGUGAUUUCACACACAUUUAUAAACAGGAACACUCAUUUUGCUUCAGAAAAGAUUUAACAGUGAAAUGUUAAAAGUAUGUCAAACUAUCAGUAAACCGUGUGAAAUAGCAUACAGAUAUGUAAACAGGCUUUUGGGGAAUUUCCAAAAUUUAUGACACAUUUUAGUGUUUUAGUUUAGCAAAUGGAUUUGAUUAGCCAAUCAAAUUUCACAUUAUAUGCAGUGUAAAUUAAAAGUACACAUGCUUACAAUUUUUUGGUUAGAUGAUCAAUUUUGUUCAAUCCAAUUUGUUUCUGGUCAUCUUACCUACAAAUAAAUUUGAGAUGAAACAAAAGAAAAAUAUAUACGGUACCUUGAAAACUAGACUCGGUAACGUUUAUCGUAUAAACCUGUUUAUGUCUUUGAGUAGACUCCCAAGUUUAGGUAUAGUGUUGCUACUGAUAUACAUGUACUACUCAACACAACAAAAAAAGAAGAAGUUUGUUUUGUUUAACGACACCACUAGAGCACAAUGAUUUAUCAAUCAUCAGCUAUUGGAUGUCAAACAUAUGGUAAUUUUGAC